AUGUCGACCACCCAUACGAACGCGGUGCCGGACUCGCAAUUGGGGUUAACUUAUGAAGAAAUACAGCUUCUGCGCCAGGGUCAGGCUGCGCUGGGCCAGGGGACUGGAGGAGGCGGUUCGAACUCGUCUCGUGCAGCAAGCCGAGCCUCGAGCCAAGGCCUGCUGCUGCUGGACAGCACCUCGUUGGCUGCACUGGGACGGUAUUUCGACCGGGUCAUGAAUCAGAUCGAGCAGCAGAUCCUCUACCUCAGCGAACAGAGCCAAAUGUUCACCAUGGCGCAGUUCGACCGAGCCGGCAACCUUAUCGAAGGUGCCGACGCCGAGAUACAACGAUACCACGAAAUCCUCCGCCAGCUGGACGAGCUAGAGCUUGACUUCGACCGAAUAAGACAUAUCAAGGAGAUUGUAAGAGGAUAUAGAUCCAGAGUUGAAGAAAUGGAGCGGGAACUCGAACGAAGCAGCGGCUCGUCAUCAAGGCAUAGGGAGGGUCACCAUCGGCACGGUCACUCCCACCGCCAUGGUCACGAGAGCUCCCGUAGACACCGGCACUGA